AUUCAUUUCUGCUGGUGGUGCUGGGGGCACAGCACAUUGCAAGAGCCUAACGUGACGCAGAAGGAGCCGGGACACACAUGGCUAUCAAAUGGAUAACUCUGACAUACACUUUCUGAACUACAACACAGCAAGGACAAUACAGUCAGCAGACACACAGAGGACUUACACAGACCUCGCACAACUUCUUUGACACAUUGACCAAAAGAGGAAAACAAAAGGUACCUGGCUUUGAUGAGGACUCAUUGAUUUUUUUUUUUUUUCCUGCCUAAUUCAUUCAGGAGCCAGCUCAUAUCACACUGAGCGCAGGGACUUGGAGUCACAGCGCUGAAGAUGUGAAUAUUUGGGGUAAAAAUCUUCACAGCUUCUUGUCACACAGCUGCACAACUGAACUGGAUCAUAUGAAUGGAAAGCAUCAGUGUGGAAACGGACUGGGACGGGUUAGCCCUCUCCUCUCUGGUCGCCACCGGAAGCAACAACUUCUCUUCCUCGUCCUUGUUUGUCUCGGAGCUGAACUCGUUCAACACUUCUCACAGCGGGGGAUCCUUCUUUGGGAUCUUCCCUGAGAACGGCUCCGCCACCACUCCUCACACCCUGCCCCAGCCCAGGGCCAGGGACCUGAGCCUGGCCAGGGCAGAGAUUGCGGUGCUCGGGCUGGUGCUGGCUCUGACCACCCUGGGGAACAGCUUUGUGUUGUGGGUGCUGCUGAGGAGGAGGAAGCACAAUGCGCCCAUGCAUGUGUUCAUGGUCAACCUGUGUGUGGCUGAUCUGGUGGUGGCCCUCUUUCAGGUUCUUCCUCAGCUAAUAUGGGACAUAACGGAGAGGUUUCAGGGGCCCGACUUGCUCUGCCGGUCCAUCAAGUACUUGCAGAUUGUGGGCAUGUUUGCGUCCUCCUACAUGAUAGUCGCCAUGACAGUGGACCGGCACCAUGCCAUCUGCUGCCCGUUGCAGGCCUACCGUGGGGGAGCAGUGUCCCGCUGGAACACCCCUGUCAUGGUGGCCUGGGCCCUGGCACUAAUCCUCAGCAUACCGCAGGUGUUCAUCUUCUCCCGCUCAGAAGUGGCUCCUGGAGAGUUCGAGUGCUGGGGUCACUUUGCUGAGCCGUGGGGGCUGAAGGCCUACGUCACCUGGAUGACUGUGGCUGUCUUCCUCUUGCCCGCGCUCAUCAUAACCAUCUGUCAGAUAAGAAUCUUCCGAGAGAUUCACAAUAACAUCUACCUGAAGUCAGAGAGGGUGGUGAUGGCUGAGCUGAAGAAGAAUGAAAUCUUCUUCCGCUUCCACAGCUUUAAGAAGGAGGAUGAGCGGGCCAGGGAGAGGGGGAGACGGGCGUCCGGAGGUGGGGGCAGGGAGGCGAAAGGAGUACAGCACUUAAAGGCCACGAGUAAUGGCCCUCACAAUAACAUUCACAAUAGCCAAGUGGGAGAGUGUUACGACUAUGUACCAUCAUCUGCUAUUCAGUAUAACAGUUGCCGUGGUGAACAUGUGACAACAACAACAACAACAACAACAGCAGCAGUAUCGCCGACGCAGCAGCAAACAGUGAACUGCUCCGAUUGCCAGGAGUCCUACACGUCCUACGAGCUGAGCACAGGCUCACCCCGCUGCUCCCUGGACUACGCCCCCCCCCACCCUCCUGCUGCUCCCCCUCCAAGCAUCACUAAAGCCAUGUCCAAAACAGUGAGAAUGACUCUGGUGAUUGUGCUGGUCUACACUAUCUGCUGGUCACCGUUCUUCAUCGUCCAGCUGUGGGCAGCCUGGGACCCCAACCCCCCAGACCAAGGAGUGGCCUUCACUAUCCUGAUGCUGCUUGCCAGUCUGAACUCGUGCACCAACCCGUGGAUCUACACGGCUUUCUCCAGCAGUGUGUCCACAGAGCUGCAGAACCUUCUGAGCUGCUGGUCGCGACCCGGCCGCCGGGGCUCCCUGCCCGACGACUCCACCACCACACACACCUCCACCACCAAGGACGGCCUGUACUGACAGAGGGCGAUGAGACAGAAACAGACAUGCCAGAAACAGAGACGUGACAUGUUUGAAAAGACAUGCAUGGGCGCACAUGUGGCCGUUCCACACCGCUCCGCCUGCGCCAACACCACCUCCAGCACCACCUCCAGCACCACAGCCUGAGAACGGAGAGUGCUGACCUCCACCAGAUGUUUCCAACAACAGAGGACGGCUGUACUGUCAACAGGACCUCUAUCUGUAAUCACCUGUCCUCUACACCCUCGCAGUGAGAAAGGGUGUCAUUGAAGGUGUCAACAGCAUUUUAUGAGGGCACUGUGGAAUAUACAGUGACAGCAUCUGCAGUACAAACUGUCCUUGAGAGUAAAGCGAUUUCCACCUCUGUAGCUGUUGAGAAAAACCCUGUGCAAUGAUUCAAACAGGAAAAACUCUUGCCCUGUGCAGACAGAGCACAGCAGCAAGAAUGCAAUGGGUGGAUCACUGUAUUGAUGGCCUUACAGCACACCUAAUGUACAAAGCAGCAGACGGAGCUGUGGGUGUAGAGGAAACAAAGCAGCAGGCUAAGGGAAAGAGAGAGAGACACACAUACUGACAGCGAGACAGAGCAAGACUGCUGUUGGACUGAGAACAGACAGGGGAUGACAUGGAUGUUACAGCUGCAGGAGUGGUCCUGAGAAGGCUGCAGUUGAAAUCUAAUAAUGUGAACAAACUUUGUUAAAUCAAAGAGAAGUGGAUUACAGACGGAUGCUUGAGGCUGAAUUCAUAUUAGCUCAGGAGGAUUCAGGUUCCGAAGAACAAUAGUGAUUUGUUAGCAGGGCGGAUGGAGAUUCACUCAGUAGAGUCAAGACACCGCCCAACGAGGACCUUGAGUACUGUGGAUUUAUGCAGACAGAAACACACACACACGCACAUGCACGCACACGUACACACACACACACACACACACACACACACACACACACACACACUCACACGCAUGCACUCGCGCACGCGCGCGCGCGCGCACACACACACACACACACACACACACACACACACACACACACACAAACUUACAAACUGAAGUUAGAAGGUUAGGCCUCGGACAAUCCAGGUUUCCACAUCCAUCCGGGACACAAUUAUGUGCUUGUAUUUCAUACAGCAUAAUAUGAGGUACAAAAAAAAAAAAAAAGACCUUCCUCUCAAACUCUCUGAAAGUAUGACAAAAGAACAUUGACAUUAUGCAGAAGAGGCAGCACGGAAACAAACAAGAGACUUUCAACAGCAUUCCAUGUACAGUGAUGAACAAUGUAAAGUAUAUUUAUUGAAAAUGUAAGGCACAUUAGAUAUUAUCACAUUUUGUGUAAGAUAAAUAUUGAAUGUAAAUCAUACAAUUGUAAUGGUCCGACAAGUGUAGUAGAAAACAAAGAUGUCAAACCAAAGAGUUGUUUAAAGCUGGACUGUUGAAUCUUUUCAGGUCUUCAUAGUAGAGAUGUCACAAAGCUUCAAUAGAUAAAACACUAUCAAGUGUAAACAGAGACUACUGCAUAUCAUUUAGACUGCAUGCCAGCGUAAGUAAAACUUCACAUCACCAGUGAAAAUACUCCCUGUCAAAACCAAGUGCCUGUAAUGUCAGUAGACGUUUUUAGAGGGGCCCCCCUCACUGGAUUAAUCUUCGAAUGAUGUCAGCCAUGUUAUUCUUAGAGUAACCACCAGAGCAGGGAUCACUGAAUCUAUCACACCAUGAGCCAUGUGUUCUUUUAUCUUUUUAUUUAUUGUUGGAUAAAUGAAAAUAUACGUAUACUGAAUAUAUCCUUUGUUCAUGUACAGUUUUAUAUCACAUCUUUUCCACAUAAAGAGUAAUGUAUUAUGCCCCUUAACUGCAUGACAGAUAAAAUAGUAUUGUAUAUAUAAUUAUAUAUAUAGAUAUAUAAAAGUAUUAAUAUGUAAUAAUUCUGUCUAUAUAAAAUGAGAUUAGAAAAUGACUGUAUAUGGUCAAACUAUCCAUUUCAGAUGAGAUGUUCCUGAAAAUAAUGGUGUGUUUUUUAAAUGCUCUUUUGAGCCAGUUUAGCACAUUCUUUUUUCAUGAGAGAGCAGUGUUAUGUGAGUCUGCAGGCCAAUGCUGGGAUGCUUUCAAGGUGUCUCAGGAGCACUUGUCUGGGUUGAAGGAGAAGCCUCACCUUUUCCUCUGUGCGGCCAGGGUGUUUGGGCUUUCAAGCAUGCCACUGUGCAUUUGCUCCCCAGGCACAAGCCUCCACUUUGAUUCUCUGCCAAAUGAAAGACUAAAGAAACAACAUCCCAUGUCUCACUUUGUUAUAUCAGGAAAUAGAUGAACUUCUCCCAAAUCCUGCGGGUGUUCAUGAAUUUUGUUCUUCCUAUCAGGAAGCUGAGAGGUCAGAGGAUGAUUCUUCUCCGCUGAAGGGGCCAGACUUCAGAUCCAUCCAGCCUCUCAGAUUUAUGGGAGAGGCCAAGCACACUUUGCUGUGCAUUAUACUGCCUGUACAGCCAUUAGUGAGCAUUACAACAACUAAAUAAUGGAUGUAUUCUAUUAAGUGAAGAAUUUUAUGGCACAAACACGUCUAAAUAGGCACUAAAAUUAGACCCAUCACCGCACAGAAUUCUUCUGUGAGUCUGUCUUGUUUCUUGAAGAUGGAAAACCUGACAGUAUCACCCCAACCAACAUCACCCCCCCCCGUCAGAGCAUGUGAUAGAUGGUCUAUAGGGUAGGUCGCUGGCUUUUGUAAUCCUGCGGUGUGUGUGUGUGUGUGUGUGUGUGUGUGUGUGUGUGGGUGUCUGUCAGUGUGGGUGUGUUUAUGCGGAAUGUUCUGAUGUUCCUGGUUUCCAUACUGAAGCGGGGUUGAUGUCUAAACUCAAGGUCGCGUCUUCAUUACAGUGGGGCAGCGCUUCCUGCCAGGCCUGCGGCUGCGAUGGGGUAUAAGGGAAAUAAAUGACCCAGCUGUGUGACUGUCAUAAGGGCAGGGAAAUAGGUGAACUUCUCCCUUAAAAUCAAUUUAGGGUCAGCCAAGGACUACAUCCAGUGGCUCUGAAGAAUGACGGAGCCCCCCAGCCUUGACCAAAGUCGGUAUAAAUCAGACCUGGAGCCAGGAGCUUUACUUCACUGAGCAAUGUGUCUGCAUUGCUUAACUCAAGACCCCUCCACAGACCUGAUGACUGCCGAGGCUGCUACUAAGCUCAUUCCAAGACACCGGGAGGCAUAUCUGGCCCUCACCGCCUUACACAAUCAACUCCAGAGUCUAUGUUAGCAGAGAGCACUGGAGCAUCAUACUUUAUAAUCAGAGGAAGCGAAAGAAAUAUGAGCCAGGCAAUUUAUCUUGCCUUUUCAAAACACAAAGUUCUUUUCUUUGUUUCACUUUUCUCUCUCUUCCACUUGACGAUUUCUCACUCACUUGAUGGCAACAAAGGCAGAACUGCUGCUGUUUUCGGGCCAAUUUUUGCCAAAUAUAGCUGCACUUUUAUUUUUAUUGGCUGCAAUUAUGAUUCUGCUCAAAAUCUCGCCUCAUACUUUCGAGAAGAUGCAGUAUUUACUGGUUUAAAAGAGGUUAUUACCCUGAGAGCCAGAGGAUCGAGGGUUGGCUUUUUUAUCGCCUUUCACCCACCUUGUUUUCAUUACUCAAAGCGUGGUUGUGUUUACACCUCAACACGACCCUGUCAUUUUUUUUCUCUUCGUAGUAAAAAACAGGCAUGUGGACAGCGUCUGAUAAAACCCAUUUUAUGGGAGCUCAUUCAACAUGCAUUCACAGGAUUCAUGUGCAAAGAAACGGUUUGUUGUGAUGCGUCUGCUCUUGUUUAACCUGCAAUAUUUCAUGGCUCUGGGCCAGACGUGAGAGAUAUGCAAAAAUGAAAAAAUUUAAAUGCGGAGAAGGAAAUACAUUUACCAAAAAGAGGAGAGAGAGAAAAGAGUAGUCUCCCCGUAUAUGGCUGCUUCUUGACUGGCAGCUGCAUUAACAGGCACAGAGGAUUAGAGGAUGCCUAAAGAAGACAGGAAGAGGAGGAUAAAAAAGUUUAUUCACUCCAAACACAGUCACCCUAUUGUGGUUUAAGCAGCUAUACAUAUAGCAAGCCUCACUGUACAUACACAGCCAUGAAAUAACCAGAACAAUAACUGUUAUUAUAGUGUAAGGAAAGGGAAGCCAGCAGCAUGAGCAGAUACUGUCUGUCUUCUGAUUAUUGAACUUGCCCACAGUUUGUUGACCUUGUUCUGCUUUACAAAUUGUAUUAAGAACGAGUAGUAACAACAAAGUUUGUGGCAGAGACAGAAAGUGUGACUUCAUGUGAUAAUCAUUUGUGCGACGCCAGUUUCCACAUUGCUGAAUCUCACUAAGCCCAUCCAUGUCUGCCCCCGGAGUUGGUUUUUUACACACCUCUGUCAAAGCAGCUUUUCUCUGCCUCACAGCACGCACACACACACACACACACACACACACAGACGCACACACACACAGAUUCCUCUACAGUAACUCUUAUUCCUCAGUAAAAUGCUUUGUCUUACGUAAUAAAGUGGUACCUCAAAUACAAAGCUACUAGAUGCUUUGCGUUGGUAAAUCAAGAUUAAAAUCCUGUGUUGUGUAAUUAUUAUAAAAAUAAAUGUGAUUCAGAUUUGUUUGUUUGCAUGACCUAAAUCAUUCACCAUUGAAAGAAUAAACUAUGACUUCCUCUGA